AUGAAUCCAUCAGACAAUGAAGCCAAGGAAAUGACCUGCCUUGGGAAGAAUCCUGCAGCCUGGUUUACACACGUGGAGGCCAUCUUCACCCUUCGGCGAAUUACUUCGCAUCAAGCGAAGUUCUACCACGCUGUCACCGCACUCUCAACGGAGGUGGUUGCGGAGUUCUACGACGUUGUGGGCGCGCCCCACGAAACCACCCCCUAUGACCACUUUAAGGCGGUGAUGCUGCACCACACGUCUGUGUCUGUGCCCAGGCGUCUUCAGCAGCUUCUCAACGAAGAGGAGCUCGGCGACCGGCGACCGUCGGAACUUCUACGUGGCAUGCGGCGGCUUCUCAGUGACAACGACCUGUCCCUCAACAAGCUGGUGGAGCUUGCUGGUCGCGUCGUUGACUAUUCAGCAAGAGGUACUGUGGCGACGGCAUCUACCGUUCCGCUGUCGCAACUUGAAGACCGGCAGUCUCGCCUUGAGCAACUGAUCGAUGACCUUGCCGAGACUGUUAAUGCACUAUACAGCCACCGCCCUACCUCGUCGACGAGACCGCGAUUCCCGUUCCAGAUUGUCUCCUAG